AUGCUGUGCUUCGCCUGCCUCAUCGGCUGGGUGUGGGGAGAUGACUGGUCACAGAGCUGCGCCUCCAACUGCACCUGCAAGUGGACCAAUGGCAAAAAGUCAGCCAUUUGCAGUUCCCUGCAACUAACGAGCAUUCCAACCACGCUGAGCACUGAGCUGCAGGUCCUGGUGCUUAAUGAUAACCACAUACCAUAUCUGAAUCGGGAGGAGUUCUCGGCAUUGGGACUGCUCAAUUUGCAGCGCAUUUAUCUGAAGAAAUCCGAGGUCCAAUACAUACACAAGGAGAGCUUUCGCAAUCUGAAGAUCCUGGUGGAGAUUGAUCUGUCGGACAAUAAGCUGGAGAUGCUCGACAAGGACACAUUCAUGGGCAAUGAUCGUCUGCGCAUCUUGUAUCUCAAUGGGAAUCCCCUCAAGCGUCUCUCCGCCUAUCAGUUUCCCAUCUUGCCGCAUCUGCGCACUCUGGACAUGCACAACUGUCUGAUCUCCUACAUAGAUCCCAUGUCGCUGGCCAAUCUCAAUCUGCUCGAGUUCCUCAAUCUCAAGAACAAUCUGCUGGAGAGCCUCAGCGAGUAUGUGUUCCAGCACAUGACCAACCUGAAGACACUCUCCCUCGAGGAGAAUCCCUGGCAAUGCAACUGCAAACUGCGCAAAUUCCGCACCUGGUAUGUCAGCAGUCGCCUCAGUUCCGUGAGUCUCGUUUGUAAGGGUCCUCCAGCGCAAAAGGAUCGCAACUGGGACAGUGUGGAUGAGGAACUCUUUGGCUGUCCACCGCGUGUCGAGAUCUUCAACAACGAGGAGGCCACCAACAUUGACAUUGGCAGCAAUACCACCUUCAGUUGCCUGGUUUAUGGGGAUCCACUGCCCGAGGUCAGCUGGGAGCUGAACGGCAAGAUCCUGGACAAUGAUAAUGUGCUCUUCGAUGCGGAGAGCAUCACGUCCGACAAGAUGUGGAGCAAUCUAACCGUAUUCAAUGUGAGCAGCCUGGAUGCGGGCACCUAUGCCUGCACCGGCACCAAUCUCAUCGGUUCGAUGACGCAGAACAUUAGCAUUUACCUGAGUGAGAUUGUGCAGCAUGUGCUGGUGAAGACGCCGGAGACAUUCUGGUACUUUGGCCUGAUCAUGGGCAUCUUUGGCACCGUCUUCCUGCUCAUCGCCAUCUCGUUUGUGGUGUGUCUCUGCAAGCGAACAACACGACAGCAUCGACAUGCCAACAAGGCUGGGGUCAAGUCCAGUGUCAGUUUCAAUGAUCAGGAGAAGAAGCUGCUCGACUCGAGUGUGACGACCACGACAAAUGAUCGAGGCGAUAGCUAUGGCAUCGACAACAAUCCCAGCUCCAUUAAUAAGACCGAUUCGUCGCUGGGAUUCAAUCAAAUUGAGAUACAUGCGGUGGAGAGUCAUCGCUCCGGCUUGGGAAUGGGACAGCAACAGCAACAGGGUGGUCCAACUCAAGGACAGGCUGCGCAGCAUAUGAGACAACAGCUAAUGACGGUUAAGGAUCCCACCUGUGGCAUGAUCAGUGUGCCAACCUCGAUGGCCAACUAUCAGCAGCAUCAGCAUCCACAUCAACAUCCACAUCAGCAUCCACAUCCGCAUCAGCAUCCACAUCAGCUUCACUCCCAUUCACAUGGACACUCACAGAUGUCGGAGGAGUUCCCGCUGAAUGUGGGCGUGUUCCCACCACCGCCAGAGUUCUGCUCCAACAUUGUGCCGAAUCCGAGCUUUGGCAAUAUUUUUAUACGCGUCUCCGUGACGCAGGACAUGUUGGAUGGCGCCGACAUAAACAUGUAUCCGGACUUGCUGAAUAUUCCCAAGCGCCUGCAGGAUGUGCAGUGCAGUGCAGGCACUGAUCCCGCCGCAGCAACCACCUCCAGUGAUGGCCAGACUGUGGCACAGUUUGCCACCUUGCCGCGCCAUACGACCAGACGUGGCAUCCUCAAGAAGGAUCCCUCACUGCAACAGGCGGCGGCGGCAACGAAUCUCUAUCCACAUGAUGAGAUCGUUACCUACAACAUGGAGACGGGCGCCUAUCACUGCGGGGGCAACAGUGGCAUGGAAUUGCCGCCACCUCCACCACCGCCAGCGGUGACAGCUGUUGUCCAGUGUCAUCAUCCCACGACAACAGUGCCGGUCUCCUCCGCCAACUGCGCCAGUUGCAUCAACAAUGCCCCAUCCUCCGCCUGCAACACGCCGCCCAUUGUCGAGGCCACGCCCCUUCGGCCGCUGUGCAAGAGCAGCGGAGGUGGAGGAGGUGGAGUUGGAGGAGGAGGCGACAGCUCCGCUUAUCCCAAGUACGACAACAUGGGGCGACGCAUCACAGCAAGUGGUGCAUUGGGCAACUCCACGUUGUCGCUGCCCGAUGAGAACGAGACGCUCUUCAACGAAUCCGAGGAUCAAACCAACACCAUUGAGGACAACGGAUCAUCGUCGGAUCAUCAGCUGCAAUCGACGGAGCCAGCGCCUGGUGUGGACAAAGGUGGUGGCGAGUUUGUGUCCCUCUAGUAUUACGGAACGCAGGUGUAAAUAGCAGCCGCAACAGCGCCACCUGCCGGUCAAUAGAUUGUGCUGCCAAAUCAAUCGAUUCAACACUAAAAAAAAAAAAACAAAAAUCUAAUAAAAUAAAACAAAAUAAAAGACAGAUAAAUCCAAUUUGGCAAUCCUUAUGUUCAUAUCAUGUACUCGUACUAGAAAGUUAAUUCUUGAAAUGUGUAUUUAAAAUAAAAUAUAUUCCUCAACCUACACAAUCUAUUGACUGCCGCUGUCCAAGCCUGGAAAGGAUUGGCGAUGCGAUCCAAGAGCAAUUUAUGCAGAAUCAAAAUACCCAAAAA